AUGACCACAACCAUAGACUGGACGAUUGGCCACAAGAUCCGCGUGACUACCACCGCGCUCACCGAGGUGACGGGAUCGGUGUACUGCUACGACCCGCUUUCGCAGACGGUGACCCUGGAGGAGUCCCCCCAAAAGUUCCGGAUCGUCCGAACCCCUUUGAUCAAGUCGGUUGUGGUGCUGGAGAAACCCAAGUCUACCCCCGGAUCGACCCCGACCGCUGCUGCCGCCACCUCUGCCCCCGCUGCCAAGCCCAAGAACUCGUGGUCUGAAAUUGCCCGGGCUAAAAAGGACGCUCCCCCAGCCGUGUCCACCCAGGCGUUCGAGACCAACUCGCCGGUGGGAUUCGUCGACCUGGACGCCGUCAAAAGACGAGAGGGCGACGUGGUGAACCAGGAGAUGCGAAAACAGGCCAACAAGGGCGUGGGCGUGACCGAGCAGGGCCAGGAAAUCUACGACGCCAUUGCAAAGACCCUGCCGUGCCGAUGGGACGGAAAAUCCAUCCUCGCAGUCGAAGAGGUCCAGAUUGACCCCCCCUACAACACCCUGAGCUGCAAGGCCAACAAACCCAACUCCCAGGCCCUAGCCCAUGUCAAGAAAAUCAUUGAGGCUACGUGGAAGAAGAUUGACGAACGAGCAAAGGGCGGCUAA